AUGAUGACAAAUAUUUCGCAUAGGUCUAGUUCAUAUUCAAACCCACCAAAAUUGACUCUAUAUACAAAAAAUGUAUGUCCACUGUGCGAUGUUGUCAAAGAUGAAUUAAAAUCUAAAUUUAGUGGACGUUACCAACUUGAAUUAGUAGAUAUAAUGGCUCCUGGAAAUGAACAUUUAAAGAAAUUAUAUAAGUAUGAUAUACCAGUAUUAUUUGUAGAAGGACAAUAUCUUUGUAAACACCGGCUAGAUGCUGAUUUAUUAGAAAGAAGGUUGGCAGAUUUAGCAUGA